AUGGAAAGGAUGUACGAUCCCGAUUCCGCAGUACAUAUCGUGAUAGGAUGGGCUGUGGGGGCCAUCACGGGACUCUUCCGGGAGCCCUGGUUCAAGGGAGUCGGCAUGAUAGAGAAUGAAGAGCAGAGAGAGGGAACCAUCAAGGAGGUGAUCUUGGGCAAGCUGAGAGACAUGUCGCUGCCCGUGUUGGUGUGCGUGCUGCUUGGGCUUUGGUAUGGUGGGGGCUUUCAAGGGUGGCAGAUUGAGCUUUUUGCGAUGUGGAUGAAUCUUGUGCCCGUGAUCAUUUGUCUCACAGCCCCCCUCACCCUCAAACGCAACACCCCCACGACCAUCCUCCCCUCACCCACCUCCCACCUCCUCACAACCCUCAGACCGCCCCCCUUCCCCCCUUCAGACAGACCCUCAGACGCCACAUCAACUCCACAGCCCACAGACAAAACCUCCGACCGCCUGGCCCGCUUCAAAGCCCUCCGCCUCCGCGCCCAACAAUCCUCCCAAUCCAACCUCCGCGCCGCAGCCGCGGAAUCCAAACAGCAAGCGACGGACCCGAACGCUCUCACAGCGCUACAGCGCAAACAAGCGAUCGCAUCGCACAAGCUGCUGAAAGCGGACGUAGAAUCGGAAGGUGGGGAUUUCGAGCGGAAGAGGGCGUGGGAUUGGACGAUUGAGGAGAGUGAGAAAUGGGAUGAGCGCAUGGAGAGGAAGAAGGUGGCGAGGGAGGGGGUGGCGUUUCAGGAUUAUGCGAGCGAGGCGGGGAAGAUUUAUGAGAGGCAGGUUAGGGAGAUGGGGGAUGUGAAGGGUGGGGGUUGGAAUGGGGCAGGGGGAGGGGGUGGGGUGGAUAAGGAGGCGUAUGAGCGGGAGAAAGCGGAGAUGGUGAUGAGAGCUGCGAGGUCCGGCGGGUUGGAGAUUGUGGAGACGGAGGACGGGGAGUUGGUUGCUGUUGAUAAGACGGGGACGUUUUAUACGGAUGGGGGUGGGGCGGGUGGAGGGGGGACGGGGUUUGUGGAUCAGAAGCCGGCGAAGAAGAAUGUGGAUCGGUUGGUUAAGGAUCUGCAGAAGGCGGAGGAGACGAGGUUGAGGAAGCGACGAGAACGGAGGGGGGGCGAUGAGGGGGAUGAGGAUAUUACGUUUAUUAAUGAGAAGAAUAAGCAGUUUAAUCAGAAACUGGCGCGGUUUUAUAAUAAGUAUACGGCUGAGAUACGGGAGAGCUUUGAGCGUGGGACGAUGAUAUAG